UAGCCGGGGAGUUGAAGCGGUGAACGUCCGGGUGGGACCUAGCUGCGCCGGAAGAGUGCUGUGGCGGUCGUGAGUUUGCCGCUGACCGCUGCGCAAGAUGCUCAGGUCCAAGACGUUUUUAAAAAAGACCCGGACAGGCGGCGUGAUGAAAAUCGUGCGCGAGCACUACCUACGGGACGACAUCGGCUGCGGGGCCAGUGGGUGUGCAGAGUGCGGCGCGGCGCACGGGGGGCCGGCGCUGGAGCCGCGGCCCCAGGACCAGGCGAGCAGCCUCUGGCCGCGGCCGCACUACCUGCUGCCCGACACCAACGUGUUGCUGCACCAGAUUGAUGUUCUCGAGGACCCUGCCAUCAGGAAUGUGAUUGUGCUACAAACAGUUCUCCAGGAAGUGAGAAAUCGGAGUGCCCCUGUAUAUAAAAGAAUUCGGGAUGUGACUAAUAACCAAGAAAAGCAUUUUUAUACGUUCACUAAUGAGCACCAUAGAGAGACCUACGUAGAACAAGAACAGGGAGAAAACGCUAAUGAUAGAAACGACAGAGCCAUUCGAGUAGCAGCAAAGUGGUACAAUGAGCAUCUGAAGAAAAUGUCAGCAGAAAAUCAGCUGCAAGUUAUCUUUAUAACAAAUGACCGCAAAAACAAAGAGAAAGCUGUAGAAGAAGGCAUACCAGCAUUCACAUGUGAAGAAUAUAUAAAGAGCUUAACUGCUAACCCUGAACUCAUAGAUCGUCUUGCUUGUUUGUCUGAAGAAGGGAAUGAAAUAGAAAGUGGGAAAAUAAUAUUUACAGAACAUCUUCCCUUAAGUAAGCUACAACAAGGCAUAAAAUCUGGUAUUUACCUUCAAGGAACAUUUAGAGCUAGCAGGGAAAAUUACUUAGAAGCUACAGUGUGGAUUUAUGGAGACACUGAAGAAAAUAAAGAGAUAAUUGUACAAGGACUAAAACAUUUAAACCGAGCUAUUCAUGAAGAUGUUGUGGCCGUGGAGCUUCUCCCCAAGAGUCAGUGGGUAGCACCGUCUUCUGUGGUUUUGCAGGAUGAAGGGCAACUUGAGGAUGAUGUGGAUAAAGAAGAGGAGAGAGCACACAUGCUUAAGACUGCUAUAAAUGAAAAAAUGUUAAAGCCUACAGGUAGAGUUGUAGGAAUAAUAAAAAGAAAUUGGAGACCAUAUUGUGGCAUGCUUUCCAAGUCUGAUAUUAAGGAGUCAAGAAGACAUCUUUUCACACCUGCUGAUAAAAGAAUCCCCCGGAUUCGGAUAGAAACCAGACAGGCUUCCGUGUUAGAAGGACGGAGGAUUAUUGUUGCUAUUGAUGGGUGGCCCAGAAAUUCCAGAUAUCCAAACGGACACUUUGUAAGAAAUUUAGGCGAUGUUGGAGAAAAAGAGACUGAAACAGAAGUUUUGUUACUUGAACAUGAUGUUCCUCAUCAGCCUUUUUCACAGGCUGUUCUUAGCUUUCUGCCAAAGAUGCCUUGGAGCAUUACUGAAAAUGACAUGAAAAACCGAGAAGACCUGAGGCAUCUGUGUGUGUGCAGCGUGGACCCUCCAGGGUGCACCGAUAUCGAUGAUGCUCUGCACUGUAGAGAGCUCACCAACGGGAACUUGGAGGUUGGUGUUCAUAUUGCUGAUGUUAGCCAUUUUAUUAGGCCAGGAAAUGCGUUGGAUCAAGAAUCAGCCAGAAGAGGAACAACUGUGUAUCUCUGUGAAAAGAGGAUUGACAUGGUUCCAGAGUUGCUUAGCUCUAAUUUAUGUUCCUUAAGAUGUGAUGUUGACAGGCUGGCAUUUUCUUGUAUUUGGGAAAUGAAUCACAGUGCUGAAAUCUUAAAAACAAGAUUUACCAAAAGUGUCAUUAAUUCAAAGGCUUCUCUUACUUAUGCUGAAGCACAGAUGAGAAUUGAUUCAGCAACCAUGAAUGAUGACAUUACCAUUAGUCUCCGUGGACUCAAUAAACUCGCUAAAAUUCUGAAAAAAAGAAGAAUUGAGAAAGGGGCUUUGACACUUUCUUCUCCUGAAGUUCGAUUUCACAUGGACAGUGAAACUCAUGAUCCUAUAGAUCUACAGACCAAGGAACUUAGAGAAACAAAUUCCAUGGUGGAAGAAUUUAUGUUACUUGCCAAUAUCUCUGUUGCAAAAAAAAUUCAUGAAGAAUUUUCUGAACAUGCUUUGCUAAGAAAACAUCCUGCUCCACCCCCAUCAAAUUAUGAAAUCCUUGUUAAGGCAGCUAAGUCCAAGAAUUUGGAAAUUAAGACUGAUACAGCCAAAUCAUUGGCUGACUCUUUGGACCGAGCGGAAUCUCCUGCUUUUCCCUAUUUAAACACUCUGUUGAGAAUACUCGCUACCCGCUGUAUGAUGCAAGCUGUGUACUUCUGUUCUGGGAUGGACAGCGAUUUCCAUCACUAUGGCUUAGCAUCCCCGAUAUACACGCAUUUUACCUCUCCUAUCCGAAGGUAUGCGGACAUCAUCGUUCAUCGGCUGUUGGCUGUGGCCAUUGGGGCGGACUGUACUUAUCCAGAGUUGACAGACAAACACAAGCUCGCAGAUAUUUGUAAAAACCUCAAUUUCCGGCACAAAAUGGCUCAGUAUGCUCAGCGUGCAUCAGUGGCUUUUCAUACGCAGUUAUUUUUCAAAAACAAAGGAAUUGUAAGUGAAGAAGCCUAUAUCCUUUUUGUCCGAAAGAAUGCUAUUGUGGUGUUAAUUCCAAAGUAUGGUUUAGAAGGGACGGUUUUUUUUGAAGAAAAGGACAAACCAAAGCCACAGCUUAUUUAUGAUGAUGAGACACCUUCACUUAAAGUAGAAGGUACGAUAUUCCAUGUGUUUGAUAAAGUUAAAGUGAAAAUCAUGUUAGACUCAUCUAAUCUUCAGCAUCAGAAAAUCCGAAUGGCCCUGGUAGAACCUCAGAUACCAGGAAUAAGCAUUCCUAAUGAGAUUUCAAACAUGGACAUUAAUGAACCAGAGGAGAAGAGGAGGAAGCUUGAAAAGUAGUUACUUUUAACAGCAAACUUCAAAGAUGGAUUUCCUUUAUAAAAACAACUUGAGAGACUACUUCUGAGCCUCUGUGAUAGUUUGUUACUUUUAAAUACAUUUUAAUUUCAGAAAUUUGCAUUUUUAUUAAACUGUUGACUGUGUCUGUCUUAUCGUACUACUUUGUUUCUGGAUUGAGCAGAACCAUUUAUGCAGAAAAAUUCAAUUGAAUAUCCAUCACUUAAAUAGUGACAGGAUAGCAA